CUAAAAAAAACUAAUUACAUAUUUACAUUAACAAAAAAAAAUUAUAACUUAUUCUUCAGAACUCGGACUUCCAUCUGUUGUUGCAUUCAUGUAAUGCUCCGAUUCGAGUUGGUACGUUGACUCUUGAGCUCGACGUCUUGCCAAGAGCCAAUCUUGGUUGCAAACAAGUGUUUCAAGAGAUUCAGCGCUAAGACAACUUCGAAAGUCGCCUCUCUUUUUUUCCGACCGCCGCCCACCAUGGCAGCCCCGUCGGAUCCUUUGGCGUCCUUACCCUCCGGAGUAAAACUUUUGCUUCGGAGUCUCCACAACUUAAUCCCAGAAAAACUCACCGAAACAAAUUAUCCGGCAUGGUCUCUCAAUGUCCAGACAGCUCUUUCAGCUAAUCUCCUCCUUGGAUGGAUUGAUGGUCAUGAAGCAGCCCCAGCGCCAACUAUCUCCAAAAACGAUAAAACUGUCCCUAAUCCAGAGUAUACCUCCUGGACCAUCGUUGACACACAGAUCCGCGCCUGCCUCCUAGCGGAUUGUGGCUAUCUCCGGCGACCUCACACCAAUAUGACAGCACCACUGCGUUCUACACACUCAAAGCUAACUCUCAGAAGCAAUUUGGGAAGAAAUGGUGAAGAAUUGGGUAGGAAGAGGUGGUCCUUAUAUAGCCUUAGUGAAGAGGAAACAGACACGGUGAUGACCUCCUUUCGACUGUUUCGGCGGCUGAGUGGAGUGGGCUGCUAUCUUCUCCGAUUCUAAACCGCACGCAAGAUUCUAUACUUCUCCAUCAAUCCAAAUAUGCCCGUGAUCUUCUACGCCGAGCUGGGAUGUCCGACUGUCAUCCGGCUAUUACUCCUAUGGCUACGAGACCUAUCACUAAGCCUUCGUUGCCUUUCAAGGAUAUUUCUCAU